UUCAACUAAACUGUCCAGGUACUUGCAAGUUGCUUAGAAUAACAUUAUUAUUAUUAUAAUUUAUUUAUACCAAAUAGGUACCUUUACCCAGCCAAGAAACCAAUAGGGAAAGUUUGGGAAUUUUUUUUGAGGUAAUGGGGAAAUACUGUGGCUGGGGUUAUUAUUUGCAUGCAGUGGAUGAAGCUGGUUGGUUAACGUCUGGGGAAUACCAGCCAUGGGUGUGGGGUGUGUAUUUAACCUGGCUGCUCAAAGCUGGCUGCUAUUCAGCUUGUGGAUAAUAACCGAGGUUUGAUAUAAUUGUAGCUCUUCAGAAUAAUAAUGAUAAUAAUAAUAAUAAUAAUAAUAAUAAUAAUAAUAACAAAACAUUGUUUACAUUUAGAAGGUCUGCAGUGGAGAAGACAAGCAAGAAAAAUGAAGAGGAGUUUUAAAACCUUGUUUAAGAAAAAAUGUCAAGAUAGGCAAGAGGAACGUUUGGUGAGUUCAGAGCCCUCUGGUGCUGCAGAUGAAGAUCCCAGACAACAAACCGAUUGCCUCAUGAACACAACAGACCAGUUUGGUGCAGAUACCCAAAUGUCCCCUCAAGACACAAUCCUUUCAAUUUUCAUAGAUACACUUGCUGGAGACAUAUAUUUACAGGAGCUAAAAGCCACAGCUGAGCAGGUGAAACAGUGUGAUAUCAUACCUGAUGGAAAUGAGGGCUCUGACAGCUACUCUCAGUGCAGGUUGAAAGACUACCUCACAGCAGUGGAAAUGUUUGUACAUAAUAACUUUCCUGCACUGCCAACAAACUCACAGCCAUACACUGGGGAAUACCUGAAUGAUGCUAUGAGUUUCAUAUGUAACAAGGUGACUGGCUUAGUUCCAGUCUUAGAAGAUUCAAGACUAGUCAAUUACCUGCUUGACAGUUAUAAUCGUCGCCUGUUUAGCAUGCUGCGCUUGUUAAUGGAUAGAAGUUCAUCAGUAAAAGACUCCUUGUUCCUUCUACAAUGGGUGAAAAAUACAUACUUUAGGCAGGGCCAUAAAGCAUGCCUGAUCACACAGAAUUGUGUGCUCAGUGUAUCGGACCCUCUCCUGCUGGCUGACUGGUUGGAGUAUUCAAAGCAGAAACUCCUUACACUCCUUCAGGAAAAUAUCUCGACUACACUGCACAGCAUCUUGCAACAUGAUGAACCUAAUGGUGUUUGUUGUGAUGACAGCAGUGAGGAGGCUUUCAUUCAAGUCCAACUUGAUGUCAUACAGUUACUGAAUGCUCACAUUCAGGCAAGUAAAACAGUCAGCCACACCCUUAAAACUGCUGUUCAAAGACUUUGUUGUGAUGAACUUCACAGUUUCAUACAGAGGUAUGUGAGUGCACAGAGGGCCAACAAGGCAAAUUUACUGCGUCACUUCAGGACAAUUUAUACCUGUAGGCAACUCAGGUCGUAUGCUCUGAGCAUUAUUGAUUCAAACAAUAACACUGAUUCAUCCACUCUCCUGAUGUUAGAAAACAUGGAGACUCAAUCUUUAUUCAGUGCACAGCAGUUGUUUGCAAACAUAGCAAAGGACAAUUUAAAGAAGUAUUUUACCAAAGAGGAUGGACAUUUAAAUAAUAUGAUGAUCAUAAGUCAAAAGAUGCUUGCAACUUUACCGCACAUGGAACAGGGAGAGGAGACAAAAGAGCUUAUUGUAAAGGCAGCAUACCACAGUGUUACCAGAGCAUACCUGCAGUGUUUAAUGCAGAGAAAGUACAAAAAAUUGGAAAAGAGAUGGAAAGAUGUGGGAAAGAAGAUAAUGUGCGAUGCUGAACUUUUCCACUCCAAAUUUGCAAAACAGAAUGGAAGUGAUGAUGAGCAGAAAAUUGUCCUGUUGAAAAUGGGUGAGAUUCUGCAGUGCCGUCAUGUAGAUACUCUUAAGCUUAUCUGCUCGGAACUGUAUAUCGCAUUCCCUGAGGAGAGUGAGGAGUACAUACCUGCCCUACUGUACUGGAGAGGGGCAUUGUCAAGACGACAGAUUAAGAAAAUAAUUCAUGUGAGUAGGGAUGUUGAAGACCAUGUCAGAAAUGGAGACCACCUCAGACCCCAUCCCCAUGUGUACUGCUGCUGCUGUCUUUGUUGAAUAUAAUGACAAAGCAGAUGACCAGUGUCUGGCCCAAGACUUUCAUGUGUGCAUGAGUUUUCUCCCCCCAAUGUUUUGUCUAAAGACACUAUUGUAACACUAAUUGAAGGUUUAUGGGAAAUUAUUUUAAAUGGUUUUAACUUUGACAUUCCAGUUAUUGCUCGAUUUAUCAUAUUUAUUUAUUAAUUUUCUAAAUAAUAUGAAUUAUAUUAAUGCUCAUCAUAAUUUUGCUACAUUUUGGUAGUAAUUUAAAGCUAUUCCUGGGGAGGUGGAAUGUUGCAUUGGCCUUCUUGAUGUUAUUUCACAGUUAUUACGUGAUUGUUCAUCAUGUUGCACUGGACCUAUUUACACUACAUUGUGUUUGCCUAAGGUCUAACUAAGCUAACAGAUAUUAAACUUUAACAAUUGAUUUGUUUAAAUAUAAACAUGAAAUGCAUUUCAAAAGGGCAGGGCUCUAUGUGUCAUGUAUCAACAUUUGAUUUAAUUAUAUUAAAAUUGUUUUGUUUCU